AUGAAAAGAUUGUCGGAGCGGAGGAAUAGAGACGAUCCGCAGCAGCGACGGAUCGCGAAGCUGAAUGAGCAGGAACUGGAGGCUGGGGUUAGCGAGGCUGGAUCAUGGCAUAAUGACUACAAAGACACCGCGUUUGUUUUCAUCGGAUCGCUCCCGUUCAACCUCACAGAAGGCGACAUCCUCGCCAUCUUUUCGCAGUACGGCAACCCAGUCUUCAUCGACCUGAUGCGGGACAAAGACACGGGCAAGUCGAAGGGGUUUGCAUUUCUAAAGUACGAAGAUCAGCGGUCGACUGUGCUGGCGGUCGAUAAUCUCGACGGCGCGACGGUGCUGGGACGUACGAUUAGAGUUGAUCAUACGUUUUAUAAGACGAAGGGGGAUGAGGAGGAGUUGCAGCAGGCGAUGUCGUUUGAUAAGCCGGAGGGGGAGAGGAAGGAGAGAUAUGGCAGCCUGCUCGCAACACUCGCCCUCCUCAUCUCGAGCGCUUCAGCAUUCGAAACCCACAACGAGCUCUAUGCGUGCAUGAUGGCGACCGAGUACGUCGAGCCGACGAUGGGGUUGUGGAACUACACGGGGGAGAUCCGGUGCAGCAGCACGACGUGGCUCGCGGCGUUCAUGGAGUGCAUGCAUACGUUUGCGCCGUCGAAGCUGACGCCGUAUUUCUACAGCGGGUGGGCGACGACGUGUGCUGAAUAUACGUGGGUGAUCGAGCCGGAGAAAGAGGUGCAGGAGGAGCUGGAGGGUAUAUACAAGAACGCGACGGAGACUGGGUGGUAUAUCGAGCUUGAUAGCGUCAAGAACACGACAGAUCGGCCAGUGACGCCAGACAAGGAGAUAUAUGAGGCCGCGCUGAGAUAUAACCGGGCAUCAUACAGCGAGAUUGGGAAGGGGACGUAUUUCAGUGAGGCUAUGAUAGGUUACUGGUCCCUCGUAUUCCUAUUGGCGAUGGUGGUGCACGGCUUGCAACUGUUUUAUUCUCGGGCGUAUGUGUCCUACAAGUUGAAUAAACUACGGCAGCUGGUGUUUGUUCCAGCGACGUUUGGCAGACGGCACAAUGUGGUUGUUCGGUUUUUAGGGUAUAUCCCCACGCGAGCGCAGACGAUUGUGAUUGCGAUCCACUGUCUGAUGAACUUCCUUUUUCUGUGCUUUGGGUAUGAGAUAGUGUACCCGAACGUGUAUUAUAUCGAUCGGAAGACGCUGCAGAUCGACUAUCUUUCGCACCGGUCGGGGAUCAUGGCGUUUGGGCAGCUGCCGCUGGUGUUUUUGUUUGCGUCGCGAAACAAUUUUUUGAUGUGGCUGACGGGAUGGUCGUUUAACACGUUCAAUGUGUAUCAUCGGUGGGUGGCACGGACGAUGUUUUUGAAUGCGGCGAUUCAUAGCGUGUGCUGGACGAUAUACGCAGUGCGGGCGGACGCGCUGCAUACGUACUAUGUGAAGCCUUACUGGCUGUGCGGAGUGGUUGCGCUGUGUAUAUCGUGCUUGAUGCUAUUACAAGGGUGGUAUGUGCUUCGACGGGCAGCGUACCAGAUAUUUUUGGCGGUGCAUAUUGUGUUUACGGUCGUCUUCAUACUCGGGAGUUGGUUUCAUGUUGAUUUUUUCCACGGCGGAUUCGGGUAUACGGCAUGGCUGAAGGUGUCGAUUGGGUUUUGGGUAUUCGACAGGGUCUGUCGGAUAUGCAGGAUGAUUGGGCUUGGGUGGACGCGGCCGUCGACGGUGGAGGUGCGGGGGAAGGACGUGUGCCGGGUCGAGAUUGGAUGCAGUAAGGCGAUGCGGGUGUACCCGGGCGCGCAUGUGUACAUCUAUGUGAUGGUGUGGGGCGGGUUCUGGCAGUCGCAUCCGUUUUCGGUGUUUCGGUCGAAUGUGAUGAAUGAAGAGCACAAGAUUGUGAUUUUGGCGCGGCGGAAUAAUGGGAUCACGCAGAAGCUGUUUAGGCGUGCGAUGGCAGCAGCAGCUGGAGGUGGAGGCGGAGAUCAGGCUGAUGUGGUGGGUGGGAGGGAAGAUAGUGUGAAGGUGAAGAGCAUUGGGGGUGAGGAUACGAUUGUUAGAGAUUGCAUUGGGGAGAGAGAUGGAUCAGAACGAGGACAGUUAAAGACGAUAGUGGAAGGGCCGUAUGGACACUAUCAGCCGACGUUGCUGGAGUAUGAUACAGUGCUGCUGAUUGCGGGAGGAGUGGGGAUCACGGCUGUGUUUCAAUGGGCGGUUGAGCUUGGGCGGAGGACGGUCGCGGAGGAGGAGGAGAGCGCGGAGAAGGAUGAGAGGAGGAGGAGGAGGAGGAGGAGGGGAAAAGAAGGGAGGAGGCGAACGAUACUGCGAUGGUAUAUUCGAGAGAGGGAUGCACUUGAGUGGCUUCCGAAAGAGAUGGAGACACUUGUGCGGGGAGGAGGGGUGGAGGUGCAGAUAUAUGUGACUGGAGGAAGCGACGGGAUAGAGAUGGCGGAGGGCGAGGAGGUGCGGCGGCUGGUGGAGGCGGUGAGGGUCGAGCACGGACGCCCUUCGGUGGAAGGGUUUGUGGAAGAGGCGGUGGCGGGAAGUUACGAGGGCGGGAGUGUUGGGGUGAUGGUGAGCGGGCCGGGGCAGAUGAACGAUGCGGUGCGGGCGAGUGUGGUGGGGUGUAUGGGGAAGGCGAAGGGGCGGGUUGAGUACUUUGAUGAGACGUUUGGGUGGUGA